GGCCUAGGAAGAGUUUCGACGUCUCCUGGGUGGCUAGAGCGUCCUCCCGCGCUCCGUCGCGUAGCAGGUGACGGCGCCCGGAGGCUGUCGGGAAGUAGGCGGGGUGACGUGGGGUUGACGAGCGCGGCGGCGGGUUUGCUGAGAUCUGUGGUCGGCCGCAGCCGGUGCUGGGGGCGGCCGCGACCAAGAGGUGGAGAGGGGCGGUGUGAGGCCGGGGCCAUGACGGGCAAUGCCGGGGAGUGGUGCCUCAUGGAAAGCGACCCCGGGGUCUUCACCGAGCUCAUUAAAGGAUUCGGUUGCCGAGGAGCCCAAGUAGAAGAAAUAUGGAGUUUAGAGCCUGAGAAUUUUGAAAAAUUAAAGCCAGUUCAUGGAUUAAUUUUUCUUUUCAAGUGGCAGCCAGGAGAAGAACCAGCAGGCUCUGUGGUUCAGGACUCCAGACUUGACACAAUAUUUUUUGCCAAGCAGGUAAUUAAUAAUGCUUGUGCUACUCAAGCCAUAGUAAGUGUGUUAUUGAACUGUACUCAUCAAGAUGUCCAUUUAGGAGAGACGUUAUCAGAAUUUAAAGAAUUUUCACAAAGUUUUGAUGCAGCUAUGAAAGGUUUGGCACUGAGCAAUUCGGAUGUGAUUCGACAAGUACACAACAGUUUUGCCAGACAGCAAAUGUUUGAGUUUGAUGCAAAAACAUCAGCAAAAGAAGAAGAUGCUUUUCACUUUGUCAGUUAUGUUCCUGUUAAUGGAAGACUGUAUGAAUUAGAUGGAUUAAGAGAAGGACCAAUUGAUUUAGGUGCAUGCAAUCAAGAUGACUGGAUCAGUGCAGUAAGGCCAGUGAUAGAAAAAAGAAUACAAAAGUACAGCGAAGGGGAAAUUCGAUUUAACUUAAUGGCCAUUGUGUCUGACAGAAAAAUGAUAUAUGAACAGAAAAUAGCAGAGUUACAGAAACAACUUGCAGAGGAGGAACCCAUGGAUACAGAUCAGGGUAAUAGUAUGUUAAGUGCUAUUCAGUCAGAAGUUGCCAAAAAUCAGAUGCUUAUUGAAGAAGAAGUACAGAAAUUAAAAAGAUACAAGAUUGAGAAUAUCAGAAGGAAGCAUAAUUAUCUGCCUUUCAUUAUGGAAUUGUUAAAGACUUUAGCAGAACACCAGCAGUUAAUACCACUAGUAGAAAAAGCAAAAGAAAAACAGAAUGCAAAGAAAGCUCAGGAAUCUAAAUGAAGAGGAUCUUUUGGAAUGUAUACACAUUUCUGCUUCUGCACUUAAUUUCAUGGAAACCAUUAAGUAUAAAGAACUUUGAGCAACAUUCUAAUUGGCUCAGUGCACGUUUGUCAAUAGUACCAGUCUGUCUUGUCUUUAAUGCAUGGAUUCAUAAACUUUUUCCCUACCUGCAUCAUGUGCAUGUAGUGCAUAUUAAAUAAAAAUGAUAUUAAGAGUGCUUGCCCAAAUUCCAUUAUUUGACAUUGGAUCUGAGAACUGUUAGUUCUCUGGAUAGCUACCGUAAUGAACCUAGAAAA